AUGCCUCUUGUCUUCGAAAUCUCGUGCGACAUCCCCUCUGAAUUCUACCCUGGAAGAUGCGAAGGAUUCGAAGAAUACAUCACGCUCAAGGAACAAACAUGCUACGACUACCGCCAUCCACCAGACCCUAGGCGUUUGUACGUCGAGGGGCAGCGCUCGGUCAGGGAGAACACCCCCGAGGUUAUAAUGUAUGGCCUGCAAAUCGACGACGGGCCACUCAUGCUUGAGUUUUGCUUAAGAAUGCUCUCCGUCUGCAACCCCCCAGUUGGCUCAGGCAUAAACCCAAUGCGCAUCGCCGAGCGCCUGUCUGGGUUCAAACCGCACCUCACCUACAGCACCGUCGACAACCCCGGGGUAGAUUUAGAGUUCUCAGACGACGAGGACGAGGACCCCUCCCCGCCCCCCAAUCUCCGCAACACCACCACCCGGACGCGCCUCCAAGCGCUCGCGUGCUACGCGCACAUGUUCUUCUUCUCCUGCUGGGCUGACGACAAGCGCGCGUUGAGCUGGCACGGCAACCGCCAGAUGUCGUACGCGCUCUACUACGCGUGCUGCGCCGCGAACUUCUGCAUCAGCCAUGGAUUCGUGCCCAUCGUCGCCAUUCGCAUCGCGUCCUGGCUCGCGACGACGCGCGCGCGGUACGGCCUGGACGUACGCACCGCAAGAGAGUUUUGCGACCUGCGGCACCUGUGGAACGCACACAGCAGUUACUUGUCGCGUCUCCAGGUAAAAGAGACCGCGCGGCUCAAGAAAACUAAGAAGGCGCCUCACCACUACCGGUGCGCCCAUAACGGCUGCGAGAUUCAAGCCACUAACAAGAGUUCGCUGCUGAAAUGCGGGGGCGCCUGUCCGCCAGAGCGGAAGCCCCGCUACUGCAGUGCUAGCUGCCAACGUCAGCAUUGGUACAUCCACCGCGAGUUCUGCAAACCCGACAACACAAACGACUACCCUGCCAUCAUCGACGACGAUGGCGACCCCGACUGGAUCGAAGUGGACGACUUCCAUCCGCCAACCACUGGCAACGUCCCCGUCCCUCCCUGGAGCGCCGAAUGGGACCUGUUCGCCGAUGGCGAGGGCCGUGAGAUCUUCAUCGACAUCCCGAACGACAGCCCGUUCCGCAAGGGCGAGAUCUGGCGUGUCAAGACGCGCACGCUCAGUCCCAUGUGCCUCAAGGCGUACCGCACGGUGUGGAAACAGGCCAAACCCGCCGCGAAGGCGAAGAUGAGGUCCUUCGUUAAUAAAGUGAUGACACACCCGCCAGAAAACAUGGGAUUUCCGGGGGGUCCUGAGCCACGGCAGCUCGGACCAUGGUGA